UAUCAGCAGGAGGUUGUCCUAUGUGUGAUUGUCAUAUUUGAUGUUGUAGUAUAGAGGUCUAUCCUCCAAAAAAUUGUCUUAUACUGAUAGAAGAUUAUUCUAUAUGAGGUUUGAGGGGUGAUGCCGCGGUCGCGUAGCAGACAGCCGAGUCAAGCUUGUUUGCUACACCAUCGCAAGGCAAAUAGCCCUAGGGUCCACCGGACCACAGAACUAAAUCCAUAGACUAUGCAAACCGGUUUUCGCCCCGUGGCUUGUAGCGCCUGAGCCCUGGUGGUGAGGCAAACAGCCAAAGGCACGGUGUCAUGAUAAUUGGGAUGGUUGCUUUAACCUCGGGGUAUUUGAGGGCGUACAAAUCGUCUGCACUGGUGUGCCCACACGCGAGAUGUUCAGAUUUUAUCCUCAAGUCCAACUGACAGAUCACUUCCCAUGUCUGAACACAGGCUCCGGCCUCGGUGCGGCGGUCGACUCCUUCCCUUGACACCAGCCCUGGCUCGCAAUGGGCGGAGUUGUGCGCCUUGGAAAUCGAUUUUGGGCUAGAGUACGAAUAUACAGUAGCCAGGCACCAUGAUUGUCUCGGUGCUUUAGCUCCUGGCACCGGGCACGGCUGCCUUGAGCCGUCAUGCGGCGGUUCUAAGCUGAGGUCUAACAGCUUCCUCGGAUGUACGAAGGCAUCCAUUUUUUUUUUCGAGGAAAAGCAACACCGAACCUACCUGACCCCUGAGCUUUCAGACACGAAUAAGCCAUACCCGGACGUUAACAUCAAGGAACAACCCUCGGAUUGGCCGCCCGUAUCAAGAGAUAUGGCGGACGAGAUCGGUACUGAAUGCGACCAGCCACAUCCGAGGCCGCGCAGGAUCAAAAUCCGGAGGCGAUCAACGGGCAUAAGAGACGAGGCCACGCCAAAAGAUGCUUCUGGGGGCUUCCUCCCAACCGGAGACGAAGAAAGACCGACGACAUCGCUCAAGACGGAUGAGCAGGAGGCUGUAGCAAGUCGCGAGCAAGGAUUGGGGGAGCCGCAGAACGAGCUGCACGAGAUUGAAAGAGCGGGCCAAGCCCUACAAACAAGUACGCCCCGGCGCUUGAGUGGCGACAGCGGCCUGGAGAGCCCCCGGCCUCACGUGUGCGACUCUCAAUCCACUGGGCCGGAAGAGGCCAACAACCCCCAGAGCAAUGGCGAAAGAAAUGAAGCCGAUAGCCCAGAUGCAACUGUUCCAGGGGUAAGAUGGAUAUCGCAGGAGGACCUAGAGAAACUCAUACCCCAGGGAGUCGACCUCUUUCAAAGUAGGAGAACCGACGCAAUAUACCAUCUGAACCACCGGGGCGAGAGGGUUUGGGUGGUUGACAAGAACGGGGACUGUGUCAUUGCCCAAACACCACCGGAAGGGGCUGAUGGAUGAGAUGUUGCGUGGAGGCAAAAUGUGUCCCGGUGAGUCGCCGAAGGGGAGGAUUGUCGCGACUCAGGCGGCGGCGAUAGGAUGGAAACCUCGCGCGUGGAUUGUUGUUGUCGUUGUCGUUGUUGUUGUUGUUGGGAGGGCUGCCUCCUCUUGGAGGCCGCAGGGCGUGAAUUAAUUGAGGCGAUGACGAUGGAAGUCGGGGGUGCCGGCCGACAGGCGGGCUGUGGCAUCUUGGACGUGCAGAACGUGGUGCAGACAAACCCCCACGUGCCUGACAAUGGGUGGCUGUGCGGCAAGUACUCCGUACCCGCCGUAAUAAGCUUCCCGCGCCGAGGUCAG